AUGGCCAUUGAUCAACGCGGCGAUGAGAUGCUGGCCAAUAUGCUCAGUCCCCUCUCAGUGAAGUCGGCCGGAGGAGCCAAGCUGCAGCCCAAAGAAUCGCCACCCGUUCUCUCUGUCGCUCACGUCGACAAGGCGGAACCAGAGUCUGCACGACGGCCGCACCAUAAGCAGCAGCUUCAUCCGCUUGAUCCGCUUGAGCAGCCAGCUCCGGCAAGCGACUCUGAUCUUGGGCGUAUCUUUUCCUUGUCUCCAUUGCCGACUAUCGUGCUCGAUGCAAGACUUCAUGUGGUCCAAGUGUCCGACAGUCAUCUAAAGUUCAGCGGCUACCAUCGCACUGAAGUAAUAGGCCACAGUAUUUAUGAUCUUCCUGCUCAUAAAGUCCCCGCUCCUGAUACCACUAGUCUGCACCGUUUCAUCACUCACGCAGUUGAAAGUGGCACUGUUCAGCUCAUUGACGAUGUUGAGAUUGACAAUGGCGUGGAUGUCACCGUGUUCAACGUCCACAUCACCCCUAUUCAGGAAGAAGGAAAGCUGUGCUAUGUGCUUCUGGCGGCCCAGGACGUGACGAAAGAAUCCACAGCGCGGCAGAGCAAGAAAGAGUUAGUCUACCUCAAUGAGACGUACAGAAUUCUUGUAGAUACUGUCAAGGACUACGCUAUUUUCAUGUUAGACACAUCGGGUCACAUAGCUACGUGGAACUCGGGUGCUGCCAUUUUGAAAGGUUACAGCUCGGACGAGAUCAUUGGACGCCAUUUUUCAAUUUUUUACGGUGAUGAUGAUCGUGCUGCUGACAAACCAGGGAAAGAACUGGAGUUGUGUCUGAGAGAAGGCAAAGUUGAAGAUGAAGGCUGGCGCUAUCGGAAAGAUGGAUCGCGCUUCUGGGCCAAUGUCAUGAUCACCCCGGUCUACACAGUUGGUCGUCAUAUUGGCUUUGCCAAAGUCACAAGAGAUCUCACUGAGCGAAAGGCAGCCGAGGGUCGACUGAUCGCUGCGUUUGAUGAGUCCUCGAAACUCAAGUCUGACUUCUUAGCCAACAUGAGCCAUGAAAUUAGAACACCGAUGAAUGGCAUGCUAAUGGCAAUUCAAAUGCUUGCUGGGACAACUUUGAAUGGAAGGCAGAAAGAGUACAUUGAUAUAAUUGAAGACACUGGCUCCGUCUUGCUACAGAUUAUCAACGACGUUCUCGAUUACUCCAAGUUGUCGUCUGGAACCUUCACUAUAAGCUCGGACGUUGUGAAUAUUCAAGAAGUUGUUGGUGCGGUCGCUCGGAAUUGUCAUUCGUCUUUGAAACCAGGGGUUGAUUUGCAGGUUCACUACCCCGAUCAUUUACCAAACCAUUUGAGGGGAGAUCCACUACGUUAUCGACAGAUUAUACAGAACCUCGUUGGAAACGCUGUCAAGUUCACCGAGAAGGGUAGUGUCCGAGUCUCGGUCACAUGCUCCAAGCAUUCGGAAGAUAAGAACUCUUAUGAGAUCACGACGAAAGUCAUUGAUACGGGUAUCGGCGUUCCUGAAGAUGCCGUGAGCUCACUUUUCGCUCCUUUCACUCGAUUUGCCGAGUCAAGUCAUAAAAGGUACCAGGGUACAGGGCUGGGCUUGUCGAUUUGUAAAAGUCUAGCAGAGCUCAUGGAUGGAACUGUUGGCUUUCAUCCAAACCCGGACAACCAGGGCAGUGUCUUCUGGCUGACGGUCAAUAUGAGUAUAAUCGACAAUAAGAAUAUCUGCGGGCCACGCUCCAGCGAAAUGAGGUAUCCAGAUUUGAAUGCGCAAAUUCAACAGGUAGCUCCUCAGAAACAGCUUUUGUUGGUUGAAGAUAACAUAAUGAACCAGACAGUCACGUUGAAAAUGCUCAGCAUGAUGGGGUUCGAAAAGGUGGACACGGCCUGGAAUGGCGUCGAAGCGGUGCGGAAAGUGAAGCAAAAGCCUCUAUCCUACAAUGCAAUCUUAAUGGACAUCAACAUGCCCGUGAUGGAUGGAGUGCAGGCGACAGUCGCAAUCCGCGGGAUGAGUCGUGAUGUUCCCAUAAUUGCCAUGACUGGAAACGCCUUAAAAGGAGAUGCGGACAUAUGCCUGGCCAACGGCAUGAACGACUAUAUUGCGAAACCGGUUCAUCGGCAUCAUCUAGUCUCGGUUUUAUUAAAGUGGAUUGGGCCUUAG